AUGGAAGCCAGUAUAAACAAGCUAACGGUGGCAAAGACUACUAAAUAUCUGAGAAAAACAUCUAUAUCAUACACUUUAACUCAAGCACUUCCAUUAGGACUAAGACUAGCGCACAUAGACUCAACAAUACCACGUGAUUGUCCAUGGUGCCCAAACAAGCAACAAAAAUGGAAUAUUUUGUGA